AUGGGUACGAAAGAUGAGAAAGUCGAAGCUGUUCUUCACUUGCUAAGGAAACAAUCUCCACUCACUCUUAAACAAGAGAAGUUCUGUAACAGAGAGUGUGUGGAGAGAUUCUUGAAAGGGAAAGGAGACAGUGUAAAAAAAGCUGCGAAGCAACUAACUUCAUGCCUUUCUUGGAGACAAAACAUCGAUAUUGAGCGAUUGGGGGCAGAGGAAUUCUCGACGGAGCUAGCCGACGGUGUAGCUUACAUCGCCGGUCACGACGGAGAUUCCAGACCCGUUAUUAUUUUUCGUUUUAAGCAUGAUUAUCAGAAGCUGCGUACCCAGAAACAAUUUACGCGUUUGGUAGCGUUCACGAUUAAGACUGCAAUCUCGAGCAUGUCCAGAAGCGCAGAACAGAGCUUUGUUCUUCUCUUCGAUGCAAGCUUUUUCAGAUCAUCCUCUGCUUUUGCAAAUUUGCUUUUGGCGACCCUAAAAAUCAUCGCAGAUAAUUACCCAUGCCGACUUUACAAGGCCUUUAUCAUCGAUCCUCCCUCUUUUUUCUCUUACAUUUGGAAGGGUGUUCGUCCGUUUGUGGAGCUAUCAACGGUCACGAUCUUGGUCUCGUCUCUGGACUAUGACGAACAGCUGGAUAUUAGCCACGUGUCAUCAUCAGAUCCUAGAUCCGCUUCCUUACGUUUCGACACAUCGUCGAUUAAAUCAACGGCUACGAUUGGUUCGUCUUCUUCAAGAUUCGCCUUCACUGUAUCUCAGAACCACCGCGACUCCUUGAAGCCGUGGUACCUUUCCUUCACCGACACGUCUCCUUUUCACGGCGGAACCGCCGUUAGGGUUUCUCCUUUCAGCUCGGCGAGGUCGCUAUCUUUCGCUUCUCCGGCGGCGCGUGGCUUAAGAGACGUGAGACCAGCCGCAUGCAGAAAGAGUCUGUUUCCCUCGACGCCAUUUCCGGAGAAGACGAAUACGGUUACGUACCGGAAAACUUCACGACCGUCUUUUUUUCAGUCUCCGGCGAUGUUUUUUCUUGGGGAGAAAAAUAACGGCGAGAAGCCACGUGAAGCGUUCGUACCGUAUUUGAAGUUUUACCGGAGGCCGUACGAUGAGAUGGCCUAUAGGUCUAAGCUGAGGGGUCCACGUGGAUUUGUGUCAGUCGUGUCUUCGCACAGGAGAUGUCGCCACGUGUCUUUAUCUCAACGGUUCUAG